CCUUCCGCCCUUUGGUUAAAAAUAACUAAUGCAGCGCCCAAGACCGCCUCGCGUGGAGUGCAAGCGCCGUCUUCGGACGAACUCUACGUUUAGCCAGCGAUAUAGUGAAGUUAUAGUAACGAUAUAGUGGUACUGAAAGUAUGAUGUUCAACGGGAUUAUAAUGUGUGGUGACUCUGAUAGUGAUUUUACGAAGGACAGCGUGGCGGACAGCAUGAGCGGCUCCUGCGAGACCAGCAGAGCUCAGUACUACCACAACAAACUGCUCGCCACCAUGCAGAUUUUGGAAAACAAAGAAGAGACAGUGCGGGUGCAGAAUGAGAGCUUAGCCGUGGCGGAGGCGCGGAUAACGUCGCUCACUGCGCGGAUAUCAGAGCUGAGGCGGGACGUGGAGAGGAAGGAUCGAGAGUUACAAAUUCUCCACAAGACUGUGUUGGAGCGUGGGGUGGAGAAGACAGACGUCUCCAUUACAGCACUUACUCAGGAGAAGGAACAGCGGGACGUGAUCAACACCUUGCAAGACAACUUGACCGUUAUCGAAGAUCUAUAUCGCGAGUCCUUCUAUGAGACAGCAAAACAGGAAUGUCUGAUAGAGAUGCUGCGAAAGUCGUAUUUGGACGUGCGAGUUGUGGACAAACAGAAGGAUGAGCAGAUAGACCGGCUGCAGACCGUGGUCGACAACCAGCGGUGGUCGCUAGAUCAAUGUCAGGACAUCGCACUGGAAGUGGAAAACUUAAAAAUGGAGAUCACAAACUUCUUAAACAGCUCUAACAACGACUCGGGUAUGUGGGAGCGAAGUGACAUGUCCGUGACGUCAGGCGUGGGCGAGGACCUCCACGACAUCAUGGACCACUUGUUAAGGCUUAGACAAUUGUUAAACACUGAUUGUAUUUGUGGUCUGGAAGAGGAAAAUGCGAGGUUAAGGAAGAAUAAUGAAACCCUACAGCUUCAAGUGGGUGAACUCCGACAACGUAUCAGUGAGCUGGAAUCCUCUCUGCUAAGCAAGGAUGAUAAGGAACUGUUCUACCAGGAGCAAAUCGAUGAUAAGGAGAAAGAGUUGCACAGCAUCAGGAAGCAAUUGGCUGUGAUGGAGGAGUCCAAGAGUCAGACGAAUACCAAGUGUGACGCUCUCACAGUGCGGCUACAGCAGACAGAGGUGUUGUUGAAAGAGAAGACGUCGGAGCUGAUGCAGGUCCAACAGCAGUGCGAGCUGCAUGAGAACAACAUCAAACUCCUCAACGAGGAGUUGGAGAAGGCAAACCUGAUGAAUAAAGAAAACAGCGAGAUGCGCAGCUCCGUGUCGUGCCUGACGUCACACGCGCGCUCGAGCCGCGCGCGCCUCGCCGCCAGCGAGUGUCGCGCGCGCAGCCUCGAGGCCGAGCUCGAGCACUUGCACGUCUGCUACAGACAAAAGGCAACUGCAGUGGAGGAGCUUCGCAGCCAGUUGGAGGAGGCGCAGAGUCGCGGCGCGGCGCUGUGCGGCACGGCGCGCGGCGCGCUCGACGCCGUGGCGCGCUGGUCGCGCUCGCACCGGCGCAAGAGGCGGGAGCUAGAAGAAAAAAUUCAAGAGAAAGAGACAAUCAUCAGUUCAUUGGAAAAAAGACUCGAAGAAAGACAGAAGACACCAAGCCGCAUGAGUGCAAGCGAGGAACCAUCAUGUUCCAAGUACAUAGAUAGGAGAGAUUAUGAAUUCCCUCCGAGCUAUAGUUCGACUGCGAGAGGGAGACGGGAACAGUGUGUGGGAACGAGCGAAAGCGAGAGGACUAGCUGCUCCUCAGCACCGGUGCCACCGAGACGGUCGAGGAGGAAGACACCGCUUUGUUCAGAUAAGCGAUGCUCGUGCUCGUGUUCCACGGCGAGUUCCCCGGCGGCGAGCUGCCAAGUACUGCGGAUCAACAGAUGUGACUCUCCACAAAUUCGCAUGCAUAGGAUACCGAGGGAGCUGUCGCCCACAGACGACCUGCUCGGCCGCGUCGAACAGCUGACCGAGGCGCUGGCCGACGGACAACGUCGGUGGACGCAGCGACUCCAGCACCGGUGACCACACACCAGCGCAUGUUCGGAACUGCUGAACCCUAGGGACUUUUUGGAGACAGUGUUGCCCUGAAGACUUGAAAUUUUUGAAGAUAAUCUUUGGAUCAAAGAGCCAAUAGGUUGCACAUUAUACAACCCAAAUGUGUUUCCUACUAAUACUUUAAUAGGUAGUCUGUCUGAUCGUAGAACAUCUAUAAGGGUCUUUUAUGACCCUCCCCUAAAAAUAAGCAUUAAUAAUUUGCGAAGUUUGGACUGGAAACGACGGGUGCUGGGCUAUCAGAUGGAUUGCAGAGUAUUUGCAGUGAGGUUACUUGACAGUUGUUGAUUACUGACACAAAUAAUGAUGACUUCAGUUAACUAUGUUAGAAUCACGCUGCACACAAUUGAUCUAGUUUAACAUUAUUGAAUUAAUCUGGUAUUGCUCUAACGUCUAUAAAACGAUGCCAAUCUUAAUUUUCGAUCUGAUUCCAAGAAUAAACCAAUCAAAAUAACUCAUUUGUAAACAUGUCAAGAAACGUUUCUAUUGGUCCGUUUCAGCGAUGGACAGAAUAAAAUGAUUGGGAUUGGUUGUUGAAAUUGACGGUAGUUACUAACAAAGGAUUUACUUAUCUUAGUUGAAAUUCAGUUGAAUUUGAAUACCUCAAUACGUAUUACGUUAAAUACGGUUCAUUUUACUCGAUUUUUAUUAGGUUGUGACAAUUAGUGUUAAAGUUCAAUUGUGAUUUUUACCUCAUUUUAUAGAUUAAUAUUAAAUCUAAUUAAAAACCAUGUUCUAUGAAUUGUCACUUAAACAUUAAGGGAUCUUUUUGAUCCGAUUUAUGGUAAAAAUAAAAAGACUUGAGUCGGAGAUGACGGUUGUGUGAUAUUUUAUAUGAUAAAGACUUCAAGCAUUUAAUAUUGUUUACUAGUCUUAU